CGUCGUCGACUCAUGCGCACCAUGAGCCGAAUCCUUGCGGGCAUCCAUAACGUGAACGAUUGAAUGGCAUGUUGGCCACAGUAUCGUGCGGCAUCGAAUUGGCGACCAAACCACGAAGUGAAUUGGUCUGGCCCCUCAUAUUCUCAUCUGACAAGUACUGGAAAAGACCUUGAAUAUAGCCCUUUAGAACUUCAGUAUUGUCCGGGAUCCCAGCAUGAUCGUACCCUGCCUGGUAUCCUUCCUGGUACGUUGUGGGAACGUGAUUAAUCGGUUUCGAGCUAUCAAGCAUGCAGUCCUCUUCGGUGGUACCGGUGCGUUUGACAAUAGUAUCCUUUUGACAAGUCUUUGUGUUCGGAAUUGUGGACUUCUGCGAGUCCAGUGCCGCGAGUGAAGCAGACUCUCGCAGGCCCGCAGGUGGUUGGCUCAUUACAGCCUGCUUCAAUGAUGAGAUAGAGGGCGGCUUGCCGAAAGCAUCUGACCAAGAAGGCAGUUUAGAGACUGCUUUGCUCGGACGCCCAGAUUUCUCUUCGUUCCAUGGACUUGCCGGCCAGGUCUUCUCGGGUGUUGAUGGCAGUGCUUGACUUCCCACGGAAGCCUCUGCGGCCUUUGGGGCAACCCUUGUGGACGAGUGUUCGUGUGUGUUGGUAGGGAAGAAGUCGGUUGUAUCAAUACUAGACAAGCUGGGUUGAUGAGACAAUGUCUGGUUUUCGUACUUGUCUGACUGAGAAGAUCCUUGAGCGCGCCAUGGAGAUUGUUUAGUGGGGGACGGAGACGGGAUGGUCAUGGCUUUUGCAGAAGACGGCUUCACAACGGGCUCAUAGGUUGGGCUCUUUGGGUCAAGCGUAGAAGUACCCUGUCUCUUGUUCUCUUCUUGAGGCUGCUUGAUCGCAAUGGCAUGAGAGCGGCGGCUGUGUGGACCUGGGGAGAGCGAUUUCGGCACCGAAGUUGGCACAAACGAAGCUGGCUCUGCGGGUUGCGUGCCAGGAUAGCCACCAAAUGAGGGCGGUGGAUACACCAUCAUGGGAGCGAACGGAGGAUUCACUGAGUAUCCAAACAUAGGCGAAGGCAAUGACUGCUGGAACUGCGGAGGAAAUGACGAAGGUAAUGCGGGUGCACUCGACGCCGAUGAUACCGGAUUGGCAAAGCCAUUCAGCUGAGUUCCAGAAACAUUGCUUUCCGCCGUCUCGAGAGCGGUGAUCUGUUUCCGCAGGCUGUCGAGCUCAAUGAUAAGGUUCCUCUUCUUCUCGAUUAUGCCCUGGCGCCACGAGUCCGGCUGAUGAUUGGCCUGGAGCACCUCAGUUUGCUCGAUGGUACGAAGCUCCUGUCUCUUCAUAUUUUGCUGUGCUUUCAGAGUGGGGAGGUCGAGGCCUGCAAGGGGUGUUUGUGAGCUUGCACGUGGUGGAGCCGUCGAGAGAUUGUUGAAGCUGUUUUGUGCAUUCAAGGUAGGAGCGGGUUGAAUUGGCUUAGCUGCUGGCUCGAGAUUUGCAAUGCCAGUAGACGGUGCAGUGCCUGCCGCAUCCAAGGCUGGAAGUGCGUACGCACGUUCGCCAAUGUACAGCACGGGCUGAUUCCCAACCAGCUCAAGGCGAGUGAUAGCGGCGGGGUCUGGACGCCGCUGGGUCGACAUGGUGCUACCGACCGUUGGUGCUCGCAAUGUUGGUGGUUUGUAAGUGUUAUUGGCGUAGCGAACGUUGACAAGCGGCGGGAGGUCACUUGGAACGAUACGACCUCCGGCUGUCACUCGUAUACCCGGAGGGCUACCGUGUUCUUUGAGGAGUCUCUCUGCUUUCCCCCUCUUGAUCGAAGGGGAUGGCGAAGGUCGUUUGUCGGGGGCCGCGGGGGUGAGUGCAGGUGUCAAAGACGCACGGGGGUCCCUCUCUGAGGCAGAACUGGCUAGUGUUGCUGACGUAGAAGGGCGCAAAACGUGUUCUUGGUAGAGAAAAAGAAUUAGCCGCCGAUUGUGAGGAUUUGCAGCGAAGUGACGAGGAUGUAGAGGAGACGGAAUGUGCGCGGAGGAGCCAAUCGACGUGGGAUUGACGAGCGAUGAGCGAUGAGCGCACAGAAAAAAUGACCCAUGAUUAAGGUGUGAGGAAGGGGAAGGUGAAAGUGAACGUGAAUACAAACGUGAACACGAGGAAGAGGAAAGUGAAGU